UCAAGGCCUUAUUGUCUGGAUACCCCUCUCUUUCCGUGGCCAUCAUGUCUUUGACCUCUGCCUACCAGCAUAAAUUAGCGGAGAAGCUCACUAUCCUCAAUGACCGAGGUCAGGGAGUUCUCAUCCGAAUAUACAACAUCAAGAAGACUUGUUCAGACCCUAAAUCCAAGCCGCCUUUCCUCCUGGAAAAGUCUAUGGAAUCAUGUCUCAAAUAUAUCAACAAGAAAUUUCCUAACAUAGAUGUCCGAAAUAGCACGCAACAUUUAGGGCCAGUUCAUCGUGAAAAAGCUGAGAUAAUUAGAUUCCUCAUCAACUACUACCAGUCAUUUGUGGAUGUCAUGGAAUUUCGGGAUCAUGUAUAUGAACUUCUCAACACCAUUGAUGCCUGCCAGUGCCAUUUUGAUAUUAAUCUCAACUUUGACUUCACUCGGAGUUACCUAGACUUGAUUGUGACUUACACCUCAGUCAUUUUACUUCUGUCACGGAUUGAGGACCGGCGGAUACUCAUUGGCCUGUACAACUGUGCCCAUGAAAUGAUGCAUGGGCAUAGUGACCCCAGUUUUGCUCGCCUGGGCCAGAUGGUCUUGGAGUAUGACCACCCUCUGAAGAAGCUGACAGAGGAGUUUGGGCCUCACACCAAGGCUGUGAGUGGAGCCUUACUGUCUUUGCAUUUCCUCUUUGUCCGGAGGAACCAAGGAGCGGAGCAGUGGCGCAGUGCCCAGCUUCUUAGUCUCAUCAGCAACCCUCCGGCCAUGAUUGACCCUGCUAACUCAGACACAGGAACCAUCGGGUAUGGCAAACGAGUGGCAGACAUCAAGGAGAGCAAGGAACAUGCCAUUACUAACAGUGGCCAAUUUCACUGUCAACGACGCCAGUUCCUGCGGAUGGCUGUGAAGGAACUGGAGACCGUGUUGACUGAUGAGCCAGGACUUCUGGGUCCCAAGGCCCUAUUUGCUUUCAUGGCUCUGUCCUUCAUUCGUGAUGAGGUCACCUGGCUGGUUCGCCAUACAGAAAAUGUUACCAAGACAAAGACACCGGAAGACUAUGCCGACUCGAGCAUUGCAGAGCUGCUCUUCCUCUUGGAGGGGAUUAGGGCUUUGAUCCGAAGACACAUCAAAGUGAUACAGCAAUACCAUCUUCAGUACCUGGCCAGAUUUGAUGCUCUUGUGCUCAGUGAUGUCAUUCAGAACCUGUCUGUGUGUCCAGAAGAGGAGUCCAUCAUUAUGUCCUCAUUUGUCAGUACCCUUUCCUCUCUGAACCUCAAGCAAGUGGAUAAUGGAGGGGAAUUUGAAUUCUCUGGAUUGAGGCUGGACUGGUUUCGCUUACAGGCCUAUACCAGUGUGGCGAAGGCUCCUCUCCACCUGCAUGAGAACCCUGACUUAGCCAAGGUGAUGAACCUCAUCGUUUUUCAUUCCCGAAUGCUGGACUCUGUUGAGAAAAUGCUGGUGGAAACUUCUGACCUAUCUACUUUCUGCUUUCAUCUCCGAACUUUUGAGAAGAUGUUUACUAUGACCCUGGAGGAACCCACUAUGUUGCGAUAUGCCAUUGCUUUCCCUCUGAUUUGUGCUCAUUUUGUCCACUGCACUCAUGAGAUGUGCCCAGAAGAGUACCCCCACCUGAAGAACCAUAGUCUUCAUCACUGUAACACCUUUCUGGAAGAGCUGGCCAAGCAGACCAGCAACUGUGUGCUGGAGAUUUGUGCAGAGCAGAGGAACCUGAGCGAGCAGAAUGGGACUUCAGUUUUGUUAGACACCAAAAUAGGGAUAAAAUUGCCUCGCCUUUAUUGUGUUGCCAUGAGAGCUAUUGUGUGGCUGGCUGGCUACAAUGCUACAACCCAGGAGAUCCAAAGGCCUUCUGAGCUGUUGGCAGGAGUCAAAGCGUACAUCAGUCUUAUUCAAUCCCUGGCGCAGUUUUUAGGCACAGAUGCUUCUAGAAUUGUGCGUCAUGCCCUCCUGCAGCAGACACAGCCACUGGACGCAUGUGGGGAGCAGACCAUCACCACUCUCUACACAAACUGGUACCUAGAGAGUCUCCUCCGCCAGGCAAGCAGUGGGACCAUCAUCCUUUCGCCAGCCAUGCAGGCCUUCAUCAGCCUCCCCAGAGAGGGGGAGCAGGGCUUCAGUGCAGAGGAGUUCUCAGAUGUCUCUGAGAUGCGGGCGUUGGCUGAACUCCUUGGCCCUUACGGCAUGAAGUUCCUGAGUGAAAACCUGAUGUGGCACGUGACUUCUCAGAUUGUGGAGCUGAAGAAGCUGGUGGUGGAAAACAUGGACGUACUUGUUCAGAUCAGAUCCAACUUUAGCAAGCCAGAUAUGAUGGCAUCUCUGCUACCCCAGCUGACAGGGGCUGAAAAUGUACUGAAGCGCAUGACCAUCAUUGGAGUGAUCCUCAGUUUUAGGGCCAUGGUCCAAGAAGGACUUCGAGAGGUUUUCUCCUCUCACUGCCCAUUUCUUAUGGGCCCCAUUGAGUGCCUGAAGGAGUUUGUCACUCCAGACACAGACAUGAAGGUGACCCUGAGUGUCUUUGAACUGGCCUCUGCUGCAGGGGUGGGCUGUGACAUUGACCCAGCCCUGGUGGCUGCCAUUGCCAAUUUGAAAGCUGACAGCUCCUCUCCUGAAGAAGAGUAUAAAGUGGCCUGCCUGCUGUUAAUCUUUGUUGCUGUUUCCCUCCCACUCCUUGCUACUGACCCUUCUUCUUUCUACAACAUUGAGAAGGAUGGUUACAACAACAAUAUCCACUGCUUAACUAAAGCCAUCAUCCAGGUGUCAGCUGCCCUCUUCACGCUGUAUAACAAGAACAUUGAAACUCACCUAAAGGAAUUUCUGGUGGUGGCCUCUGUCAGCCUUUUGCAGCUGGGCCAGGAGACUGACAAGCUUAAGACCAGAAAUCGGGAAUCCAUUUCUCUGCUCAUGCGCCUGGUGGUGGAGGAAUCAUCCUUCCUGACCCUUGACAUGCUGGAGUCCUGUUUUCCUUAUGUCCUGCUACGAAAUGCCUAUAGGGAGGUAUCUCGGGCCUUCUACCUGAACCGGGUGCCGGCCAUUCCCCACUGAAGGGCCCACCUUGGACCUACCUACCUAGACCUACGCCUGAAUAGAAGCUAUGAUCAUUUUCCUCAAAGGGGAUGGGGGUGGGGUGGGCCACUAAGGAGAGGGAGAAGAA